AUGACACGUGAAGCGUGGUUCAGGUUCCAUCUUGGUAUAGGCUACGAGCCUGAACCACUGGUGGAGCCUGAACCACUGGUGGAGCCUGAACCACUGGUGGAGCCUGAACCGCUGGUGGAGCCUGAACCACUGGUGGAGCCUGAACCACUGGUGGAGCCUGAACCACUGGUGGAACCUGAACCACUGGUGGAGCCUGAACCACUGGAGGAGCCUGAACCACUGGUGGAACCUGAACCACUGGUGGAACCUGAACCACUGGUGGAACCUGAACCACUGGUGGAGCCUGAACCACUGGUGGAACCUGAACCACUGGUGGAGCCUGAACCACUGGUGGAACGUGAACCGCUGGUGGAGCCUGAACCACUGGUGGAGCCUGAACCACUGGUGGAGCCUGAACCACUGGUGGAGCCUGAACCACUGGUGGAGCCUGAACCACUGGUGGAGCCUGAACCACUGGUGGAGCCUGAACCACUGGUGGAGCCUGAACCACUGGUGGAGCCUGAACCACUGGUGGAGCCUGAACCACUGGUGGAACGUGAACCGCUGGUGGAACCUGAACCGCUGGUGGAGCCUGAACCACUGGUGGAGCCUGAACCACUGGUGGAGCCUGAACCACUGGUGGAGCCUGAACCACUGGUGGAGCCUGAACCACUGGUGGAACCUGAACCACUGGUGGAGCCUGAACCUCUCCCUCUGCCCCCUCACCGCAACACACCAGCGGUUCUGGUGGAAACUGAACCGCUAGAUCAUUCUGAAAACAAAUAA